AUGAAGACCCCAUCAAUAAUACUGGUCAUUGCCACCAUUGUCCAGACCCUCGGAUUCGCUCAUGGUAGUACCAUUGAGCUGUCAAGUACCCCGCCAGAAGAUGCCAGCGAUCCAAUCCCAGAAGCAUUCGUCAGUUACUCAAUCGAGUUCUCAUCUUUCCCAGACUUCGCAGGAAACAAUUCCUCCCCGAAUACCUUCUCUAACAACCUCCUGAACAAUCUCGGAAACUUCACCGGCACAAAACCAUACAUCCGAGUCGGAGGGAACACGCAAGACUACGCUCUCUACAACGCCAGUCUCCCUUUUAGCAUAAAUAGCACAAUCAUCCCGUCAAGAGCAACGGAUUAUCCGACUAUAAUCUUCAUCGGUCCAUCCUACUUUGAAUCUUAUAAUACGUGGCCAGACACAAAGUUCAGCCAUGGCUUCAAUCUCGGACUCGGUGGGAAUAAUUCAGAAGGAUGGCAGACUUUGCUUGAUACCGUACCAUUGGCGUGUAAAGCACUUGGAGGAGGAAAGCUACUUUGGUGGGAAUACGGAAAUGAACCAGAUCUCUUCUCCACUUCUGCUCAGGGACCAGUUCGCCCUCCUGGGUGGAACGAGUCGACGUAUGUGAGUCAGUGGUUGAAUGGAACGCGUGCUAUUAAGCAAGAGCUUCAGAAGUCUUGUCCGGAACUCACAUCAAACGAGUCGUAUGGAUAUCUUGCUCCGUCAUUUGCAGGCGUCAGUAAUCAUCUCAAGCCGGUCACGACGUGGCAGGAUGGACUUAACGUCGAUCGGGAUAUCAAACUAAUUUCAUCCCACAACUACAUCGGCGGCGCCACCCAACCAGGCGUCACACUCCAAUCCACACUCAUGAACCACACCAAAACGACCUCCUCCGUCUCCGCGCAAGCAGCACUAGCGCAAAACCUCUCCUCGUACGACAUUCCCUUCAUCCUCGGCGAAACCAACAGCCUCUACAACGAAGGCGCACCAGGCCUCUCCAACGCCUUCGGAGCCGCCCUCUGGGGCAUCGACUUCAACCUCUACUGCGCAUCCGUCGGUAUCCGCCGCGUGCACAUGCACCAGGGCACCAAUUACCGCUACCAAUUCUGGCAACCCGUCGAAACGAACAUCACGACCAAGGGAACGAAAGCGCCCUAUUAUGGACAUGUGGUCGUAGCGGCUAUGCUAGGAGGGUCUGAUACGCAGAUCGUGGGAUUGGACUUGGAGGAUGAACGGGAAGCGGCUUAUGCGGCGUAUGUAGAGGGGGUGUUGGAGAGGGUGGUGGUGGUUAAUUUGAGGGAGUAUAAUUAUACUGUUAAUGGGACGAGUGGGGUUGUUAAUCCCGAACCAAGAGGAAGUCAGAAUUACACGUUUAGUGUUCCGGAUGGGUAUAGCGGGAGCGUGGGCGUGCAGCGCUUGUGGGCUAAUGGCAGUGAUGCGAUUUCGGGCAUCAGCUGGGAUGGAUGGAGCUACAAUUAUGAGCUUGAUGAGGGACGGCCCGUUAGGCUGGGGAACGUUACGGUGGGUGAGGUGGUGGAUGUGGAGAAUGGGGGGUUUACGGUUGCGGUGGAGGAUUCGACGGCUGUUGUUCUGAACUUUUCUGAAGGUGAGGGUUAA